AAAGUGACAUUUGAGUGUAGACAAAACGUUGUCGCGUUCGUCAUGCUACGCGUGCAGGCCUCUGGUAAUAGAAAAAAAUAAUUGUAUUCUUUUACAGAAGUCGUGGUGUGCUACUAUGGCACUUGGGCAGCACAAAGGCCAGGCUUGGGCAAAUUCGAAGUGGGCAAUAUAGACCCAUUCCUAUGCACUCAUAUCAUAUACGCUUUCGUCGGUAUCGACACAGAGGGGACAAUUAUUUCCAUUGAUCCAGAUACUGAUUUUCCUGGAGACGAAAAUAACUUCAUAAAAUUUACUGAUUUGAAGAAACAGAAUCCCAAUCUUAAAACUCUUUUAGCCGUUGGAGGCUGGGAAGAAGGAUCUGAAAGAUAUUCGGUUAUGGCAGCCAGCCCUACUCUACGACAGAACUUCAUCCAAAGUGGUCUCAAAAUGAUUUUCGAUUACGGCUUUGACGGCUUAGAUAUAGAUUGGGAGUAUCCCAAUCGGCGUGAUACAGUUCAUGGUGAAGCAGAUAUAGAUAAUUUCUCACAACUCCUAAAGGAAACCAAAGAGGAAUUUAAUAAAUAUGGACUAUUACUUACCGCUGCUGUGUCUGCCGUUGAAUAUGCAGUAAAAUUAUCAUAUGAUGUUCCAACUAUAUCAAAGUACUUAGAUCAUGUACAUUUGAUGACAUAUGAUAUGCAUGGACCUUGGGAUGACGUCACUGGUCAUAAUGCCGCACUACAUCAAGGAGAAGGCGAUGAAGGAAAGCCAAGAGAAAAUUUGUUUACUGUUGACGUAUCUGUGGAAUACUGGUUAAAAGCAGGCUGCCCACCUGAGAAACUUAUUCUUGGUGUACCUUUCUUUGGUCAUACAUUCACUUUGAAGGAUGCAGACGACAACCGCGUUAGGGCUCCUGUUACUGGGCCUGGUAUUGCUGGCCCUUACACUAACUCCAGUGGUAUCAUUGGAUAUGACGAGUUCUGUGUCAAACUCCAAACAGGACCUUGGACCGUACGGAGGGAUAACUAUGCGAAAGUGCCAUAUGCUUUUAGUGACGCAAACUGGGUAUCAUAUGACGACCCUAAAUCCAUAAGAGAUAAAGUGGAAUAUGCCAAUAGUAUGGAUUUAGGAGGUAUCAUGCUUUGGAGUAUUGAAGCAGAUGACUUCCACAAUGUCUGUGGUGGAGGAAAAUUCACUCUUUUGAAUACUAUUAAUGACGCUUUGUAUGGAUAUUAGUACUACUUCAUCUCCAACUACUGUGACUAUGGGUAAAUCAUUAUAUUACUUAAAUAAGUUUUCUUAUAUUAUUACCAGUUAAAACUUUAGAAACGGGUGUUCUUUUAUUAAUAUUAUAAUGAAGAAAGAUUUAUUUGUUUGAUUGCAUUUAAUAAUCCCCAAAACUACUGGAAUGUUUUUUUUUUAAUAUAACUCUA